UCAUUCCCCUUCACUUACCUUCAAAAUCAACCCAGAACCUUCUCCCGUGUUUUUCUCCUCUCCCAUAAAUGAAGUUCUUCUCUGAAUUAGGUUCCUGUUAUCGCCCAUCCACAUCCCAUCGAGAUGAGGAUAAGGCUUCUCUCCGCACCACCCGCCAUGCAGAACGUACUAUUACCAAGUCAGGCGGUGGCUCUGCCUCCUCACCAAGUCGACAUUGGAGACCGGUUCUUCAAGCUAUCAGGGAAGACGGCAAGGUUACGGAAAAGAGAACUCCCAAUAAAAACAAAUCCAAAGGGAAAUAUACGUCUAAGCCUUACAGAGUUAGCCAUGAUGAGAAUUCCUACUACUCCAGGAAUAACAACAGUGAGCCGAUGGUUAUACCUGCGUUCUCUCCGACACCCUUCAUGUUUUAAACUUUAAGAAGCUUUGGCCGCCGGCCGGAUGCUGCCUAUUCUCUUUACUAUUUUCUUUUUAAUUAUUCUAUCCAUUUUCCUUGCUGAUUUAGGAAGAUGUUAAGACUGGUAGUAUAUAGGAUAAUAAUUUUGUUUUAUCAUUUAUUUUUCACCCGAAACUUGUAAAGAGUUGUUUUUGACUUCAAUAAUGAAAUGUUUUCUAUAUAA